AGCUAUACUUCGACCUCACAGGUGUUGCUAGACAAAUCAAAGCAGAGCCUGCGUCAUCUCGAUGAGUUCUUUGUAACGUCCGCAUUUAGUUGUGACAGUUAGCAAUCAUGUUUAACCCACCAAUCCUCAACUCCGCUAACCCUUGGGCGACAACUUUCGAAGAUCUGCAAGCCCUCUACGACUGUCCAUACACAGGUGCCGUCACCACUCGUACUAACACGCUAAGCGGCUUUCCACACAAUGAUGAAAUACAUCAAUACUGCUUCUUCGACGCGCACAACAUGUGCUGCAUACAACGUGAGGGACACUGUGAGAGGUCGAGCUCCAGUCUCAAUACGUUAGGAUAUUCGCCAUUACCACUGGCGGAGACAAUAAAGAACGUAAAAGCUGUAGUAGGACAAACAUGCGAGAAAAGGGGGACAAAAGCAUUCAUAUUGUCGGUGACUGGUACACCGGAGGAGCUGCAGACAUGUUACGGCAUGAUAGCAGACCUGCAGGACGAAAUCCCAAAUACACCGCUGUACAUGGAAGUCAAUCUGUCAUGUCCAAAUAUAAGUGGCAAGCCUCCACCGUCAUAUGAUGAAGAUGCUCUGAAAGAGUAUUUGGGAGCGCUGAAGGCUGCUCAAGCUGCUGUGGGGGAAAGAUUGAAGGUACCCAUUGGCGUUAAAACUCCACCAUACUCGAACCCGGAAAAUUUCAAAAUGCUUGAACGUGCUCUGCUGAGCUGUGCGGGCAGUGAGCGUCCAAUAGCUUUCAUCACGGCCACCAAUACUCUUGGUUGUUCUCUGGUCUUGGAUGACAAAACGCCGGCUUUGAACUCAAGCAGUGGGCUUGGUAUAGGUGGAAUGGCUGGGGCUGCGCUGCAUCCGCUGGCGUUAGGAAAUGUGAAAAUGUUAAGGCAAAUGCUAGACACGCAUAAGAGCUUGGAAAGCAUACAGAUUAUCGGCAUUGGUGGAGUGAGCGAUGCUUCGGGAUACCUUCGAAUGAAAAGCGUUGGAGCUGCUGCUGUUGGGGUUGGGACGGCCCUGGGUCGCAAAGGAAUCAGGGUGUUCGAAGAGAUAUGCAAGGGGACAGUGCUCGAGCGUCUAUGACCGACACAGAGAGGCUCAUCUGCCGAAUCUCGAUCUUCGAUUCAAGUCUUAACCUUGGCGCUCCAUAUUCGGUGCCGUGCACCUCGGCGGUGGCCUUUCGCGUGCGCUUUGCUGAUGAAACAUUCUCUUAAAUGACUCUGCCAGAUCGAGUUGGUCCAUCGUCAGUGCAAUUGACCUGACAUGGCACUUCUUGCACCAAUUGGGCAUAUCUUCAAGCACGUUCAGCGAGACGUGCAUGGUCUGCUGAGCAAGGCCUCCAAGACCCCAAUACCGGCAGACAUACGGCUCACAUGCUUCUCCGGGACAAAUCAUAGUCUGAAUACCCUCGUUGUUCCAAGUCCAAGGCUUGUAUAGCCGGAUUUCCUUCAAUGAGAAGUGGGCUUGGCGAAGAAAGCAUUGGCUGGUUUGUCUGAAGGCAUUCAGAUCUCUGAAAUCGCAUUCCUCCAAAGCAAUGGUCUCAAGGGAGCUCAGGCCUUCUACUGCCCUGUCGACGGUCAGCAUAAGUCUACCAAAUAUUCAAAGUGGCAGCUUGUGUUUAUAAACUCAUGUGAAUACGAGUCAUGCUGCACAACUUAUAAAGUACAUACUUGGUCAGUGUCACUCCAUCUCCGAUGGAGACUGAAAGUUUCAGAGUCUUCAAAGAGCUGCUGGACAGGAAAGCUGGCAUCAUGUCCUCCGGCAAGCCGGUCUUCUGUUGAUCCGCCUCAAUGUCUAAGACCAAGUCUCUCAGAUGUGGAAAAUGCUUAAGGAAGACCCGAAGCAUCGCAUGCCGCGAACUUUGCUUCUCCCACUGUGAUGCUGAAUCACUGAUUGUGGUUAAUUUGCGCUCAUUUUCAUAACCCAUCCUAUCUUGACCCUCGAAUGUACUGCCGGUUGUCCAUACACCCGUUGUGUGCGCUUGCCUUUGCGAGAAGUUGAUUCUAUAGUGUUCGUUCGAACAGUCAAUAAGCUUCAGCUUCAGGGAGUGCACACCAUGGAAUGCUAGCCAUUUGCAGAGUCUGCUUGAGAGAUUUGCUUUAAGAUCUUGAAGAGCUAGGCGGGGCUCGAUCUUGAUUCUACGCAGACAUCUCAUCCGUCUGUUGACCACAGUAAGGAUACCAAACACCAAAGCAGAAGUAAGUUGGUGUGGCAGAGGUCGACGCCCAACCCAUACUUCUGAAUGACUGCCGUCAUUCACGAGGCGGAUAUAUGUUUUGCGACCGUGGAAAUGCGGGUAUCUGUGAUGCAAGCAUACAGGAAAACUAUCAACCAGUUCGAUGGUGUCGCAAUUUUUCAGCUGUGGGAGCGCUUUGAUGAGUUGAGCACCGACUCUUCUGACCGCCUUCGUGCACUUGUCAACUACUCUGUGCUCAAGGGGUUCUGCUUGUGCUAUCUAUGUCUUUGAUUAGCCUUCUGUUGUUCAAUUAGAAUGCAGCUGUGAUCGCGGUUUGCGAAUCAAGAUGACGAACAGAAGUGCACGAUGAGACAUACUGCGUGGAAUAAAAAAUUCAUGUGUACGCGCACAUGGCGGACUCGCUGUGCUGUUGCUUCAUUGGUGACAAUUCUUCCUAUGGCAUCUACGCUUGCACUUUGGUCGUCCGCAAUAAUGUCAAUUGUCGCAAAGUUUGCCGCGAAGAAGCUCUGAGCGAUCCUGUCAUUCAGAGUUCUGCAGGUCAAGCGAAGGUUGGCGACCGUCUCGAGAGGAGCCUGACGACAGAUUGCCAAAAUCAUCUCUGCUGGCAGACCGAGUAGCGACAUGACUAUAUCUGGUUGCAUUAUCUGGGAAGAACGCUAUCAGUUGAAUAAGCACGAUAUCGUUCUAUGGUCUCGGGCUGCGGGUCAAACAGUUGCGUUCACAGACUUGAUCCUAUGAAGUGAAAAGAGGUUGUCCACAGAUUUGUUAUGGCAACCUUUUCAUUAAAAGAGUGCUCACCCACCACCGCCACGGUGAAUUUCUUCAAGACGAUAGAAUUCGAGAGCCUUGCAGGAGUCACCGUGAUGCGAAAUCACUGCUCAAAUCUUAUGAUUGCUGGAUCUCGCAUUCGAUCGAACGACAUUAUAGACCUACCGGCGUAACAUAACCUCCUUCUCUCUGUCAUGUUGUCAUGGAACUGCCUCACGAAUUAAGCUUCUGGAAAUAGCAACAGCAAGCACAAAGUCUUCUGGAUUACGUGGUCUGUACUAUGCUAAGGAGAUGGACUCCAACGUUGUCGUUGUCUGAUCCCGACUAGCGGCCGCGGGAACGAACUUAAGGAAUUUACUUCUUGUAUAACGUUGUCUUCCACCUUCCCAAGCCUCAUAAGGUGACGCCUUUGAAAGCUACCUCCCUUCAGACUACCAAAAAGGUUCUCGUCGCAUAGACGAAUCAUGUCAUUGCAGGACAUGUUUUUUCAAGAUUGAGACCUCGAAGGUUUGAUCACCGUGAGAUAGAGAUCUUAGUCGUGUAGCAAAUGAUCUCCACGUGCAACUAUUCCGUGAUACUCUGGUCAUCGAGUAGAUAAGACCUGUAAAGAGGCCUCACUAAUUGGAAGAUGGGCGCCGAAUGCUCGUGCCAUUGGUGUUCAUGUCCUUUCCAUCCUUCUUGCAUUUGUUUGCGAGACGAACCAGCUCUUCGAACAGGUUAGCAUUUUCGGUCUCAUCGCUACCGCCUCCAAACGCGUUUGCGC